UUGUCUGGAAAGGUAUUUCUAAAUCUCAGUCCGUCCGCUGGGGCACCGUAAAGGCGACGCUCCUUUUCGUCUGCAUUACUCCAUUUGCUCCACUAGGAAGCUGUCUGGUUCUUUGUUUUGUUACCACUUGUAUCUGAAUAUCUGACCAACCCGUAUUUUCCUCUAGCUACUCGGUUUAAACCAAACACUUGCCUUAGUAACUCGUAGCAGGCUAGUAGUAGCACUGUACCCAGUGUUCCGUCCCAACUUGGUCUCCAAGCCCGGACCUUACCCCUCCUUCAGCAGGCUGUCGUGACAAGUUCCACGACAAGAAAGAUCGUACGGUUACGCUGCUGCAAAUAGGAAUGUUUUGUCUUUUUGGAAAGGUGGUUGAUCGCUGUACGGUUUGGUGGUGAAGGGGGUGCUGAAGAUGGAAACCCAGGCCUGAGUGUCACAGGGUGGGCGGCAGUGCCCCGAAACCCCUAGAGCAGCAGCAGUGGAUGCAGGAGCAGGAAACGGACAGAAGCCCCGGCAGCUCGUCCUGCGCCCCUGAGCAUGUCCACCAUGGACUGAGCAGGGCGGGCCUCACCCAGAGAGGGAAGGAUCAGUGGAAAGAGAGAGGGAACGAGGGAGGGAACGAGAGAGGGAGGCCGGGUGAGAGCCCCGCUUGACCCCGAAUACCCGCCGUCUCCCGCGCGGCGUUGGCGGGGAGGAGGGCUGUGGCUGGCCGUGCGGAAGCCCCGCCCACGAUGACCAGCCUGUUCCGACGCAGCAGCAGCAACGGGGGCUCGAGGGGCGGGCCUUCCCCCGUGCCCGCCCCCGCCCCCGCCCCGGGCCCCGCCCCCGCCCCCAGCCCCGCCCCCUCCGGGGGGGAGCUGAACAACAGCCGGCCGGCCCGCCAGGUGCGCAGGCUGGAGUUCAGCCAGGCCAUGGAGGACUUCAGGACCAUGUUCCCCGGGAUGGACUACGAGGUCAUCGAGUGCGUGCUGCGCUCCAACAGCGGGGCGGUGGACGCCACCAUCGACCAGCUGCUGCAGAUGAGCCUGGAGGGGCAGGGCUCUGACGACAGCUCCGACUCUGACGACAGCAUCCCGCCCGAGAUUCUGGAGCGGACGCUGGAACCGGACAGCUCGGACGAGGAGCCCCCGCCUGUCUACUCCCCGCCCACCUACGACAUGCACAUCUACGACAGGAAGUACCCGGAAGCCCCGCCCACACCCCCUCCCAGGUUCGAGGCCCAGCCUCCACCCGGCCACCGGCAGGUCAGCAGCUACAGGAACUGGAACCCGCCGUUACUAGGCAACCUGCCUGACGACUUCCUGAGAAUACUGCCCCAGCAGAUAGACAGCAUACAGAAGUCCCAGACCAGCCUCCCCCAGCCUUCAUCUUCCUCCUCUUCCUCCCUGUCCUCUGCACCCCCGGGGUCUGAGGGCGGGGCGGGGUCUGUGGGCAGGGAGGGGCCGGUCGCCGGGGCAACAGAGCAGGAGCGGAAGCUGAAGCAGUACCUGGAGGACGAGCGGAUCGCUCUGUUCCUGCAGAACGAGGAGUUUAUGAGAGAGCUGCAGCGCAACAGAGAGUUCCUCACUGCCCUGGAGAGAGAUCGGCUGAAAUACGAGUCCAAGAAAUCCAGGUCCAACCAUUCAUCUGCAAGCGGCGAGAGUUCCACUGCAGGUGAGCCGUGCCCCGCUGGCUCACUGGAAGCAUCCACUGCCGUCUCAGACGACGCCAUGUUCCGAGACAAACUCAAACACAUGGGCAAAUCCACCAGGAAGAAGCUGUUUGAGAUCGCCAGAGGGUUCUCCGAGAAGACCAGGAGGAGGAAGACUAAAAGAAGAGCUCUCCUGAGGCAUCAGUCCCUGGGCACGGCUGCAUCCACAGCCAACCUGCUGGACCACGUGGAGGGAAACCCAUGUGAGGAAGAGGGCCAGCUUCGGAGAGCAGCCACACAGGACGAGGAGGAGCCCCCAAAGGAAGCAUCAUGAUUGCCCCUGGACACACCACUUCAGGGUUUCCAUGGCAAAAGCAGAACGACCCCCCACCCCCCACCCACAGUGACUGGUGGCUCGGCAGCUCUUUGACCCCUCCUCCUCUUCCCUGGACCAGCCAAUCCCAGCCCUUCCCUAACUAUAACAACCUUUUCACACUCAGUGAGGAGGAAGCUACGAUAUCCUGGGCCUCCAGCUGUUUUAUUACCAUUAUAACCAUUAUAAUGAAGUUUAUUUUUCAUCGUUUAGACUAAGGACUAAGAACACAAACACAGUCCUUGUGUCCUUUUCUAUCUUUUUUUUUUUUUGCCCUGAAAUUUCUAAAAAAAUUUGAAUGAUUAAUUUUCCUUAUGAAUUAAUUGUGUCUUGCUAGUAUGUUUUUAGUGUGGCUCAGGCAGUGUCUUGCCUGACGAGUGACUGCAGAUCAGAGAAGUGCAGGAGCACUGAGGACUUUUUCUGAAUUAUGCUGUGAUGUGGGGACCCAUGAGCAGCCUCCUGAGGGACAGAGACUCCAUUUCCCAGGAGGCUCUGCUUCAUGGCACAGGUUCUUUGCCUGCCUUUUGCAUCAGGAUUCAAAAUGCAGAAUGAACUCUGACUCACAAAGUGCUCCUCUGCUUUUGGGAGAACCUGCCAGAAGCUAAAAUAAUCCCCUCACCCCUCAUCUCUGCACAGGAAGUCGGAGAGGGAGAUGGGGAAAGCUGGAAAAAAAUGGAACCAGCCUUGGACAUCUUGAAGGUCUUCCUUAUUGUAGCCCCAUAGGUUCAUGGUCUGUGGUGUUGCUUGCUGGCUAGUGCACCUUACUCAGGUGUGUGCCACUGGGCUCUUUAAGAACAGCAGUCCUGCAGUUAAUAAGAAACAAAAUGGCUGCUGAUGUGUAGCACCAGAGUCUCCAGUGACACCCCUACGCACAAACCCCCCCUUUACAGUUACCCUCUCAUGCACAAACCCCAAACCCCCCCAUACAGUUACCCUCUCAUGCACAACCCCCCCCCCCAUACAGUUAUCCUCUCAUGCACAAACCCCAA